AUGCCUAAAUCGUCGAGUUUCGUGAUCAGUUUGGAGGGGAUGAUGGUGUUGAAAGCUGAACUGAAGUCUAUGUACAGCAUUCUUACAUAGGAGUUGUUAUUGUCCAGGUGAGAAAGUGCGGAGUGAAGUGCCGUGGAGAUGGCAUCCUCCGUACUCCUGUUCUGGCUGUAGGCGAAUUGGAAGGGGUCCAGUGUGGGUGGUAAACGGGUUUUGAGAUUAGCCAGGACCAUCCUCUCGAGGCACUUCAUAAUGGUGGGGAUGAGUGCACCCCCACCAUAUACAUAUACAGUCACUGAUCAUCGUUAUAUACAGUUACUGCUGCUGAUCGCAAGGCCCUGCAGAGGGUGGUGAAGACAGCGGUGCGAAUCAUCGGCUGCCAUCUCCCUUCCGUGCAAGGCAUCUACAACACAAAGUGCCUGAGAAAAGCACAGAAGAUCAUCAAGGACCACAGCCACCCAGGAUGUGGACUUCUCACCCUACUGCUGUCUGGCAGACGUUUCCGGAGCAUCCGGGCACAGACUACCAGACUCACAAACAGCUUCUUCCCCCAGGCUGUAAGGCUUCUGAACAACCAACACUGACCCACUGAACAGUCGCCAUCACCAUGUACAUUCUUCUCCCCCAUUCAUACAAUUACACUAACUUACUACACAUAUAUGCACAUUAUUUAAUUUUAUUUUCCUCACUCCAUCACCCUGUAAACUGCUGCUAGCCUUCAUUUAAAUUGAAAUUGUUGUACUAUGUUCUAUGUUUCAUGUUAUUUGGUUAAAUGUUAUAUGUUAUUUAUUUUUAUGUUGUACUUCCCGUCAGGUCAUAAGAAAACUACUGCUCUGAUGACACUAAGCUAUUUGGUGCAUGUGAACAUAACCUUUGAUUUUGAUUUGAUUUGAAACAUUAGAAAACAAUGUGUAGAAACUAACAAGAGGAGGUCAUCAGGAACAAAACCUCUGGGUCCAGGACCCUGGAGUUUUCUGAAGUUGUUGACAUGUUGUUGGAGAGUUUAAUGAGAUUCAUGGAGGGUGAAGCAGUCUGAUAAAAAGCCAGCAUGCAGCCCUCCACUGUCUGUGCCUCUGGAGUCUGUGAGUGAAUCUCCUACAGGCCACAGGCUCCUGAACUCCUCUCAGGGAGACUUGUUACAGGAUCUUUAUGAACGGCUGUUGUAUGAUCUGCACCUGUUACUGAUUCACUCUGUUUUUCAGAAGCCUGAUGGAUGAUGAAGUCAAUGUAACGUAUAUAACUUUCGAUGGACAUGUGGAGGUGCAGAAAUACAGAUAUGUGUAUUUUGUGGUCAUGUUUGCAUUAUACAUUAUAAUAAUCUGUUGGAAUUCCACCAUUGUGUAUCUUAUUGUGAUUCAUGAAAACCUCCAUGAGCCGAUGUACAUCUUCAUUGCAGCUUUGUUAAUCAACUCUAUACUUUACAGCACAACAAUCUACCCCAAGCUUUUGAUCGACUUCUUAUCUGAAGAACAGAUCACGACUUUCCAACCUUGUCUCUUUCAAGGUGCUGUGUAUUACACUAUGACCACGUCAGAGUUUCUAUUGUUGUCGGCCAUGGCUUAUGACAGAUAUGUGUCCAUAUGUAAACCUCUGCAAUAUCCAACCAUCAUGAGAAAGACAACUGUAAAAGUCUUUCUCUUCACAGCUUGGUUUGUCCCUGCUUGUGAAUUUGGAUCAGCAGUUGUAUUGUAUAUUAAUGUAAAGAUCUGUCACAACAGUCUGAAAGGCCUCUUCUGCAACUCGUCCAUUUUCACACUUCAAUGUGUGCCCUCAGUGGCUCUGUCCAUUUAUGGAGUGUUUCUGUUAGUGAAUAUUUGUCUUCUCCCGAUGCUCUUCAUACUUUUUACAUACAUCAGGAUACUCAUCGUCACUAACAGAGGGUUUAAAACAACGAGGACAAAAGCUCUACAGACCUGUUUACCUCACCUGCUGGUUCUUAUCAACCUUUCCGGUUUUGUUGCGUAUGACGUUAUUGUAGUUCGUUUGGAAUCAGAUAUACCAAAACUUGCCCGUUUGUUAUUGACAUUACAAAUAAUGGUGUAUCAUCCUCUUCUUAAUCCAUUUAUAUACGGACUGAAAAUGAAAGAAAUCUCCAAACACCUCAAACAUUUGUUGUUCCAGGUCAAAUCCCAUUAAAAUAUCCUCACUGUGAUCUGAUGUCAGGUCUUUUACCUGCAGUGAUGAUGAGAUGUACCAGCUUCAUUAACACCAUCCAACAGCAUCUUUACAGGGAGUCAUAUUAGUGUCACUGUAUUUGUAUCGAUUCAGUUCCUAAAGGUCACAAAAUGAGGAUCAAUAUUUCAGAAGUUGUAAACUGGACAGUGUUGAAAGUCAG